UUUUUUUUCCGGAAAGUCUGUGCAUCAGUUGAUGAUACACAGAAAUCUGCAUAAAAAAGUGGAUUUGCGCCAUGGCGGUGCCGGUUAUUGUAGGAGUUGAUGUCGGCGGUACCAACACUGACGCGAUUCUACUUGCUGGCGACAAAGUAGUCGGCUCAGCAAAACGCACAACAACUCGAGAUGUUACUGGUGGCGUUUUGGAGGCUAUAUCUGCCGCGAUCCGACAUGCAUCCGCUAACGGUUUGCAGGUGACAGUGCAACAGGUGCACAUCGGAACAACACACUUCAUCAAUGCCGUGAUACAGAGAAAGCACCUGGUCAAAGUCUCCGUGUUAAGACUGUGCGGACCUGCUUCCACCUCCCUCCCACCAUUCUGUGACAUCCCUGUAGGUCUAGGAAAGUGUGUUUAUGGAUCACACCAUUUAAUUGGAGGCGGAUACCAGUUUGAUGGGAGUGAGAUAUCCAAAGUUGAUCCAGAAGAGGUGAAGCACUGUAUAAGGGAGAUCUAUUCGAAUGGCAUUAGAAACGUUGUGAUUGCUGGAAUCUUCUCAUCUGUGGACUCAUCACAGGAAACUCAGGUUUGUGAGAUCAUCCGCAGUGAGUAUCCAGAUGUAACCAUGACGCUGUCACACCUGGUUGGCCAGCUUGGCCUUCUAGAGCGUGAAAAUGCCGCCAUUUUGAACGAGAGCUUGAAGCCGCUCUGCAGACGUACACUGGAGGCCUUCCGUGGUGCGCUGGACAAACUACAACUGCAUUGCCCAUUUUUCCUGACUCAAAAUGAUGGAACACUCAUCAGUUCAGAGAAGACGCUCGAGUAUCCAGUUCAUACGUUCGCGUCUGGUUCCACCAACAGCAUGCGUGGUGCAGCUUAUCUAUCCGGUGUGAACGAUGCUAUAGUUUGUGACGUAGGCGGGACAAGUACAGAUGUCGGUGCUCUAGUUGGAGGCUUUCCCAGAGAGGCCUCUACUCACGUCAAGAUAGGCGAGGUCAGAACUAAUUUCCGAAUGCCAGAUGUAACCAGUAUCGGCCUGGGAGGAGGAUCACUGGUCACAUCCCAUAACGUUGGCCCGCUGAGUGUUGGCUAUCAGCUGUCCACUGAGGGUCAGGUGUUCGGUGGAGCGACCCUCACUGCGACGGACAUUGCCGUGGCUGCGGGCAUGUGCAGCAUAGGUGACGCGUCACUGGUGAAAGCUGAUGCACAGCUGGUAGCAGUGACAAUGAAUAGAAUCCACGACAUGGUGGAGACUAUAAUUGAUAAAAUGAAGGUCAGUGCAUCUGCAGUGCCUGUUGUACUGGUUGGAGGUGGAAGCAUUCUUGUUGACCCGAACAGAAGUAUCAAUGGUGUGUCAUCGUUAGUAAGGCCUAAACAUUAUGAUGUUGCGAAUGCCGUGGGUGCAGCGCUUAGCCAGGUGAGUGGUGCAGUGGACACUGUAGCCAACUUGGCUUUAGUAUCUCGACAAGCUGCCAUCGAGGAAGCCAAGCAACGAGCAAUAAAGCUCACGGUGGAUGCAGGAGCGCUGCCAACCAGCAUUCGUAUUGUUGAUAUUGGUGAUGUGCCGCUAACCUAUCUCCCAGGCAAUGCGACAAGAAUCAAGGUUAAAGCAGUAGGUGAUCUUGAUCGGCAGCACAUACUUGGAAUGAAUCCUACAGUAAUUUGUGAGGAACAUGGAAAUGCAGUUGCCCAGUUACUGACUGUAGAGAAGACACAUACAUCACUAAUGCCUGCCACUGAAACAGUGCUUGACAAUUUAGCAGCAAGUAAGACAGAAGACUUCAGCACGGUGGACGACAUGGGAGCUGAAUCUGUAAAGUGGAAGCCACACAUAGUUAAUAACGAGUGGUUGCUCAAUGAGCGCGAUGUCGACUGCAUUGCUAUAGGAGCUGGUAUUCUUGGAUCAGGAGGUGGAGGCAAUCCCUAUAUUGGCAAGCAGAGAGCUCUUCAGCAACUCAAACUGGGACGUAAGCUGCGAGUGAUAGCACCAGAAAGCUUUCAUUCGGGUUAUGCAUCAGUGUUAUGGAUGCUUGGUGCACCAGUCGUAUUUAUUGAAAAGUUGCCGAGCAACACUGAGUGUCUGUCUGCCCAUCAGACACUGGUACAGGUGUUGACUAGUGACCAAUACCAUAAAGGCUCCCUCAAUACAGACCUCGAAGUGAAGAUAGGCAACGGUGUGAAAUACAUACAGAAUUUCCCAAAAGAUUUUCACAAUUGUGAAGAAGGAGAAGGUGCAGUGAAGGUCACAGCUGUAAUGGCUGCAGAGAUGGGAGGAGUAAACUCGUUUGAGCCAGUCAUCGUAGGUGCUAUUAUGGAUCUACCUAUUCUAGAUGCCGAUGGGAUGGGGAGAGCGUUUCCUGAAAUUCAGAUGUUCACCCCUUUCAUGUACCGUGACGAAUAUGCUCCUUCAUGCCUGUCGGACGAGCGAGGCAUCAGAGAGGUGGUCAUUCAGGCAGACUCGCCAAAACACCUGGAGAACCAUUUCCGUGCUCUCUGCGUGACACAUGGCUGCAUGUCCGGAUGUGCCAUGGCACCUCUCUCAGCCGACGAAGUUGAAAACUUAACAGUGAAGUACAGCUUGAGUCGCGUAUGGCGUCUGGGCAGAGCAGUGGUGCAGGCACAAGCUACAAAACGCAGCCCUGUGGAUGCCAUCAUGGAGCACGAGCAUGCUGUGCUCCUACUCACUGGAAAGAUCGUCGAUGUGCAGAGACGCAUCACCGGGGGCUUCACUCGUGGGCGGGUCUCUGUAGAAGGCCUCAAGGACAAGGAGUAUGCCGGCACCAGGCUGCAUCUCGACUUCCAGAACGAAUACCUCAUUGCUUACGUGGAGGCUGAAGAUGGAGUUUUGCAGGUGAGGACGUGUGUGCCCAACCUCAUCAUGAUGGUUGACACUGACAGCGGCGAGCCGGUGAACACCGACGAGAUAUGCUACGGCCUGCGCGUGUCCGUGCUGUCGGCGGCGUCCGCUCCGAUCAUACGCACGCCGCGAGCUCUCGAAUUCGUCGGACCAAAGGCAUUCGGCUACGAGGACGUGGAGUAUGUGGAAAUCUCAGACUACGUGGAGUACGGCUCUGUGCUGCAAGAGUAUGCUUGAGUAGAAUCGCAUCAGCAGUGCGGCACGUCCUUGACUGAAGUAGCAGGAUGAUAGAAUGAUGUAGUGUGACAUGAAUGUAUAUCGUGGGUGGUUGUGGGGUGGUGGUCUUGUGUCACAAAUAUUGACUAAAACAGAUGAUCCAGUAAUGAUAAAUACAGUCGACCUAACGCAUAUUGUUCUUGCACUGACCCAAAGGGAAUGUAUUAAAUGCGUGAUUUUUGCGUAUGGUAUAUUAUAUGCAUGCUAAACAAUAUAAUACAUGUAUGUCAUAAGUAUGUAGAAUUUGGUCAUUACCUAAUGAAAAUUGGAUGGCUUGUAAUGUUUCCGGUGUCAAAAAUCCAAAUAUGUGGCAGUUUAUGAUGAUGGAAUGAGAGGGUCAGGAAGUCAUUUUAAUUAAAUUUAAUAUAAUUUUCUAAUUCAAAAAUCUGAUAAUUAGUAUAACUUGUAAUA